UCAAGAGUUCUGGGUCGAGCGCAAGUUGGAUGAUUACGACGCUCUCGAUGCCCGUUUCGCAGAGUGCUAGUCCCUUUUAAUCAUAUCUGGAGCUUUCUUAAAUCUUGCUAUCAGCAUAUAUCAAAUUCUAAAUUUCUAUCAAAAUAUUAGUUCGGCUAUGCAGUUGAAAUUUUCCUCGGUUUUAUCAACGCUGGCUCCUAUAUGGCGCACACCCAUCGUUUCCUCUGCAAUACGCAAUCUCACAUGCCAGAGUUCAUUUCCAGAUCCACCCUGCAAACCACCACAUCCGAAGUGCCAUUUCGUCCAAGAUAAAUGCUGGACAGCACGUAAUACAUUGGCCCUGAAGGUACCAUUUGAUAAGCAAAUGCUCGACUUGGAGCGACAGAAACGGGAGAAGCUAACGGAACCACCGUGCUGCGUGCAACGAGCAUCCUCUUGCACUCCCUGUGCGCAUGCUUGGCCGAAGCGAAACGCGAAGGAGAAGGAGCUGGAUAGCCUGAUUAAGCCAUUUCGCUCGAUGUGGGCACAUUCCAGCAUACCCCACAAUCAUCCAAGCUGUCCAGAUCUUUAUCCACGCUUCGAUGCAAUGUUCUACACUCCGUCAAACAAAAGCAGAUCCUUGCAGCGCACCUGGGUUGAAUGUCCGAAGGUGCAAGAACGCUUGAAGAAAGUCUGCUGCCCAGAUAAGAUCAUACCGCCUGAGGUGCAGAGACGCGUCAAAAAACGGUGUCCCCAGGCUGCCUGCGCCUUCGACUACGUCCGCAUGCGAAAACUCUGCGCACACAAGUCCAAUGACAAAUGCAGAAAGUUGUUUUGGCCCUGUUGCAAGCCAGAGCGCUGCGAACUUGGCUGUAGAAUCCAUAGAGCGCCCAGCGCUUGCAAGCGGUUACGUGCACCCUGUCCAUGUUUUUCGGAGAGAAGACCAAGCCACCGAGUACGGCGUCAAAAGGAAUGCCGGGAAAUCCUCAACUUUUGCCAAAUGUUUGCAUUGCACAACCGACGUGAAAUGUUUAACAUAAAGAGCUCCUAUUGCUAAUUCAGCUAUUGUAUAAAGCAGUUCACGAGCUAUCAUCAUUGAUUGCUCUGGAACAGAGGCAUCAUCAUUUAAGCUUCUGUUCCAGAGCAAUCAAUGCUGCUGAAAAUA